AUGUCCUACAAGGUGGCCAGCUUCCUACUGGGUACGGGUGAGAAGGAUAAGACUCGCAAAGGAGCGCGUGUUGUCAAAUUGCCCUCGAACGGCUCCCGAAAACCCAUUGAUAGUAACUCAACCUGGGGUUCGGCCAUAAAAUACGGUGCCCAUUGGGGGCCGCCAGUCUCAGACGGCCCCGAAAGCUCAAAAGAUCUGCCAGCUCCUGAGGAAGAAGCGGAUGGGCUGACCGGAUCGUUGGAGAUGGAGAAGCACACCACCGGUCUGGGAUGGAAAUCAAUGGCUGCUGUAGCUGCAUUCACCACCCUCGCCGCCUUUGCUAAUCCAAUUGGUGCCAAUACCGUGGACAUAUAUGGGCCAUUACCUCAGGAUGGUAUGGCAAGCAUACAACCGUCAGCUCAAGUCUUCGGCAAGGACUUCAACGGCUUUGGUAACAACAUCCAACUCUUCCCAAAUGUUCCCACCGUCAACCUCGGCAAUGGAAAUUAUCCCAACACAACAGAAUACCCUCCUACUGCGGCGCCGCUAACAGAGACAUUGAGCAGUCUCUUUGAACAGGCAGGUCACAGCUGGAGGAAUGGGGUAGAAGGUGCACACUCCAACUAUGAGUCUGUCCGCACAGUUGCUCAGAAUGGCUUCAACUCCUUUUGGGAAGCCCUUCCUCUCAGCACAAGGAUCAAGGCAGCGAGGCUGGCUGCAAAUGUACAUGAAAGGGUUGACAACAUGACAAUUACCACUGAAGCUGUUCGUCCCCUGCAAGCGCUUCAUAAACAAUACGGUCUGACUUCUGUGGAGAUCAACUUUAGCCAACAACAUCCAAACAAUAUGGCAAUCGUUCCAACUAGGCCUCUCACUUUUGAGAAGCAAUCUGACAUGUGUCCUUUGGAUGAAGUAGCAACUGUCCUUCCAGAGACACACUCUCAGGAUGGUACUACUUGUCCAAAUGAGCUCCGCACUUUUGAGAAGCCACUUGACGUGUGUCCCUUGGUGGAUGAAGGAGCAACUGUUCCUCGACGGGAACAAUCUAGAAAUGUUACCGACAUUGAUUCACAAAGAGCGUCAGAAUUGUUGACGGCCGCGGAGCUUGAAGAUACUGCUCCAACUAUUGUCCCCAAAAAGGAGGUUUUCAACCAACAGCCGAUGAACAUCUCUGACUUUGGGGACUUGGACGAUGAAGAUGACCAAGAUGUUACCUGCUUCGGUUGUCAACAAGCUUGGGACACUGUCAGGAGUAUGGCUCUGAACGCCAAACUUCAGUCCGCGGCUGAGACUGGCUGGUCUCACGUAACAGAAAGCGGCAGGUAUAUUGGGCGCCAAUAUUAUGAAAAGUUCCCUGCAGUUCUCCAUGGGUUUAGACAAGCUCAUGCCACUGCCUGCACCAUCAUGUCCGGAGUAAGAGAUGAAAUUUUGUCAGUGGUGCCUGCUGUCAAAGCGGCGGCUGAAGCAGUACAAUCAGGCUACCAAGUGACUCAAACAGCAGCACAAUCUGGCUACCCAGUAUUCCAAGAGGCAACAAGUGGUGUGACAGGUGAAAUAGACAGCACAAUGCGCCACUUGGCUACUGCUUCCGUUGUUGCAGCCAUUGCUCUGAUAAGGAUGGGUAGACAAGAAUACUUCAGUCACACCUCUGAGACUUCACAAGGCCUUCAAACUGCCUCUACACACCGGAGAGGCUUUCAUAGUCUGCAACAUUCAACAUUUGAAGACACAAAACCGCCUCCCAGACAUAGUGGAGUCAGAACACCUCCUUCCAGUUCCCGUCAACCAUCAGCUACAAGCGCCCUGUCUGCAGGAUUCGAUCGACGCGCUCUUAUCUUGAAAAUGAGUGGUACACUUGAUGAUCUGGUUUGA